AUGUCGGGAAACAAAGAACUAUUUGAAGCAGCCAGCAAGGUCAUUCCUGGUGGUGUUAACUCGCCUGUUCGCGCCUUUCGUUCUGUGGGCGGUGAUCCGGUUUUUAUUAAAAGUGCUAAAGGCUGCCGGAUAGAAGGAGAAAACGGUCACAGCUAUAUUGAUUAUGUAGGCUCAUGGGGACCUAUGAUUUUGGGUCAUGCGCAUCCUGACGUUAUUCGCGCGGUGCAGGAUCAAGCCGAGUAUGGUUUAAGCUAUGGCGCCCCGACAGUGAUUGAAACGGAUAUGGCAACGCUGGUCACACAACGACUGCCGUGGAUCGAUAAGAUUCGCAUGGUGAAUUCGGGUACCGAGGCAACCAUGAGCGCAAUUCGUUUAGCCAGGGGGUAUACCGGAAGAGAUAAGAUCGUGAAAUUCGAGGGCUGCUACCACGGUCAUGCCGACAGUCUGUUGGUCAAGGCGGGUUCAGGCGCGCUGACCUUUGGUGUGCCGACGUCGCCGGGGGUGCCUGCGGAUACGGUAAAGCAUACUCUCACCGCGCAGUACAACGAUCUCGAUUCUGUUAAACAAAUCUUCGACGCAGUUGGCAGCGAAGUUGCCGCAAUUAUUGUUGAACCAGUUGCCGGCAAUAUGAACUGCAUUUUACCUGCGACCGGCUUUCUCGAAGGCCUCCGUGAGAUCUGUGAUAGUAGUGGCGCACUGCUGAUCAUGGACGAGGUGAUGACCGGUUUUCGGGUGAGCGCACUAGGAGCACAAGGGCUAUAUGGUGUGCAUGGUGAUAUCACUGCGCUUGGAAAAAUUAUUGGCGGCGGCACGGUUGGUGCGUUUGGUGCUUCCGAUGAAAUCAUGAGCCAUCUUGCGCCGCUGGGUGGUGUCUAUCAGGCCGGUACGCUGUCAGGUAACCCAGUCGCUAUGGCCGCGGGAAUUGCCACCUUGCGGGGUACUGAAGCACCUGGCUUUUAUGAAACACUGGACCGUCAGGCUGCGCGGCUUGUCAGUGGUAUCGUUGAGGCUUCAAAGCUGGCUGGAAUCGCCAUGGCAAGCAACCAGGUUGGUCCGAUGUUUGGUUUGUUUUUUACGGAUCAGAAAAAAAUAGAUAGUUUCGCCGCGGUCAGCGCUUGUGACGGCGAACUUUUCAACCGAUUUUUCCAUGGCAUGCUCGAGCGGGGCAUUUAUAUGGCGCCUUCAUCGUUCGAAGCCGGUUUCAGUUCUGCCGCGCAUACUGACGAAGAUAUCGAGGCAACCAUCGGUGCCGCGACAAAAGUGUUUGAAACCCUAGGGUAA